AACACUUUGAGAAGAGCUGCCUAUGAGUGACCUGGUCUUAUUGUCAAAUUACUUUUGGAUUCCAGCGCAAGACAAUGACUGGAUUGUUCAAUACGGCAGAAGUGGACAAGAAGGCCUGACAGGAGAACUGGAACACAGAGUAGAGAGUGAAAAAGUGACCAACAAGUCUCAUCCAUUUAACAAUGACAUCAAGACCGUCAGUAAAACCAACUAAAACCCCUCACACCAACAGCACAACAGCUGCUCAGGGGUUCCUGCCCUCUUUACUGGACAGGAUUCCUUUGCCAAGAUGGGCCAUCUAUGCUAUAUUUGCUGCCAUCGUCCUGCUCAUUCUUAUUUGUGUGAUAUGCUGCUGUGUAAAAUGCUGCUGCAAAGGGAAAAAGAAGAGGAAAAAGAAGCCAGAUGAGAAAAUCAACAUGAAAGGGAUCUCAGGAACUACAACCACAGCACUGGUCCAGCCUGAGGCAGAGGAUGCUGAAUAUGGCUCAUCUGACCAGCAGAGAGGAAAAUUGCAGUACUCACUUGAGUUCAAUGCAUCCAGAUCUGAGUUGACUGUAGGAAUAAAAGAAGCUGCUGCUUUGAAAGCGAUGGAUUCAGGAGGGACGUCUGACCCCUAUGUGAAAGUCUACAUCCUACCCAACAAGUCCAAAACAUUUGAGACAAAAGUCUUCAGGAAGACCCUUAACCCUGUGUUCAAUGAAAAUUUCAAAUAUCAGAUCCCUCAAAAGGAGCUAACCGAGUCGACGCUAGUGAUGCAAGUGUAUGACUUUAACCGAUUCUCCAAGCAUGACAUUAUAGGAGAGAUCAGACUGAUUCUGUCCACGGUGGACUGGAAUCAUGUGAUUGAAGAGUGGAGAGAUCUGAGCGAAGCUUCCAAACACGAGCAAGAGCAUCUGGGAGAGAUUUGCUUUUCUCUUCGUUAUGUCCCGACUAGUAGUAAACUUACUGUGAUCAUUCUGGAAGCCAAAAACCUGAAGAAGAUGGACCAGGGUGGCUCUUCAGACCCUUAUGUGAAAGUACAACUGAUUCUUGAACAGAAGAAGUGGAAAAAGAAGAAAACAUCAGUGAAGAAGCGGACGCUCAAUCCGUACUUUAAUGAGUCUUUCACUUUUGAUGUGUCGUUUGAACAGAUUCAGAAAGUCCAGUUGGUCAUCUCAGUGUGGGAUCAUGACAAAAUGAGCAGAAAUGAUGCGAUCGGCAAGAUCUAUCUGGGCUGUGAUGCCACAGGAAACCAGCUGCGCCACUGGGCCGAUAUGCUGUCCAAUCCACGCAAGCCUGUGGCUCAGUGGCACACUUUACUGUCCGCUGAACAGGUGGACACGACACUGGCCCUAAAACACACACUAAAGAUCCCAUUCACAAACAAAAACUUCUGAUGAGCUUUCAAUUACAAAAACACACAAUUUCCUUUAUCCUUUUAUUAAGUUUCCCAGACCUUGGGACCAGACAAAAGGACCAGUAGGAAUAAAAUCUAGUCUUUCUUUAUUAUUUAUUUAUGAGGGUCCAUAAUGUUUAAGUGAAACAUUCCAGUUUCUUAAUGUUAUGCAUUUUGAAAGCAACAGCUUUAUGCUUGAAUAUACUAACAAUACAUUUUAAAACAGCGAAAGGGAACAUUCUUAGAGGAGUUCUCAGUAAGAUUCCUUAAAAAUAAAAUCCACUUAUACAGUCUAAGUCCUUU